GUUUUUACCCGCGGAGCUGUUGCUGGUGCACCCCAAGCCGAGCGUUGUGGGGGACGACCCGUCUUGGCGACUCGAGCGCGUGCCUUUCAGCCGCCUGAGCCUUGCCAGCUGUCGGCGUGACUACAUCCGCUGUGGCCGGCCGUUGAUCAUCGAGGGCCUUGGACCUCACCUGCUGUCGCAAGAGAGUUGCCAUCUUUCGCGCGAUUUUCUAAGUCGCCACUUUGGUGAGAAGAUGGUUCGGGGACCCAGAUGUGGCCGUGUUUCGGAACUUCCGGGAGCCAAAGCUGAGGGACGCGGAGGUCGUUUGGAGGCAUCCUCAGAGUUUGAAGGAGACGUGGCGGCCUUCGGUCAAGUGAUCCGACAAUUCCAAUGGAAGGUGCAGAAGGCCGACUUCGCAGAUUUCACUGGAGAAGUUCAGCUGCUGGGGCAGGUGGUGGAUGAGCCUGGAUCCUUCACCCAUACCAUCCGCAUCACCCCACGUGAUGCUGGGAGCCGUGUAGAGUCCACGGUGCAGUACGCGCCCUCAGCGCCCCUGCAGACCUUGCUGAAUGCCUUGGGAGGGCGUUUCUCCCAGCAUGAGGGCAAUGUGACAAUGCUCCGGCGGCUGGGGGGCUUGGCCGAUGGUGAUGUCGUCUGUGAUCCCAUGGCCUUUUACAACCUUAUUGGCAGACUAAUUGAUUUGGUGGCCCCCUUCGAAGACGUCGCUCGUGAGAGCCUGACACGGCUCAGCGGUAUCAAGGGUGACGGACCUCAGGUCAAAGUGCUUGAAAUCGGCUGCGGAAGUGGUCGCUGGGCCAAAAGUCUAUUUCCUGAUGGGAGUGAGGCUCCUGUCUCCAAUGUCUCGCAGUAUUUGGGUGUGGACUACUCCAGCACCAUGAGCAAUGAAUCUGCCAGAUGUCUAUCCCAGAUCCAGACUGCCAGAGUGGUUCGAGGUGAUGCACGGAGGGAUGGCUUGCUUGCAGAGGCUUGCGCAUCCUUCUUCGGAGCCCCUGACCGAAUUGUGGCUUCCUAUGUGCUUGACAUUUUAGAUGAGAAGGAUUUGCAGCGUGUCAUGUCGCAGUGUGCCACGCUGCUUCGUUCCUCCGGUGGCCUAUUUGCAGCUGCCAGUAUUUUUCCAGGCAGUCCGUUGAUGGAGCUAUGGGAGUCGAUUUGGCAGACUGCGCCUACAGUGGUGGGCGGCUGCAGGCCUAAAGACAUCAGGGCCAAGUUGCAGAGUUUAGGAUGGCAAGUGAUUGCCACAGAGGUGACAGAUGUCUUGGGCUACCGCUCACAAGUGGUGCUGGCGUCAAGGGAGAAUGCCGCCGGCAAUGGCGUGUCCAAGAGCAGCUCGACCACCGUGUUUAUUGUUUUGCGGCUUAUCCUGGACGACAGCUUUGAGGAGGACUUGCCGCCGGCGCUUCAAGCUGCAGCCACGGUGCGACAUUGGGCAGCGCUGGCCUUGGAAAAACGGCCAAGGACCCCAGGCCGCGAUGCAGACGAGCCACAGAGUGCUCCAGCCACACCUCAUGGACGGGAUCAGGGCUGGGACCAUUUCGAUUUGCUGAGCACUGGUUUCUACCUGGCAGAGGCCAUGAGCCCUUCAGCCAUGCGAGGAAUCGGCGUAGGUAUUGCUGCCCCAGACCCCUUCACAGGUGGUACCGCUUUGUCAUGGGAGAAGGCCGAGGAUAUGGACCCAAGUGCUUCCUGGUGGGGAACCCAUCCAGCCGAAACGCAGCAGGGGUGGCUGAGCCAAGCCGAAGCACCCAAGGAAGCAUCCCCGCCUGCAGCUGAAGGAGGCUGGAGGGUGCCCACCAAACUCAGCGGACUUCCAAACGCAGGUGGUGAGACUGAGAGCCAGACGGAAGAGACUAUCGAGUUCACCAAGCGCAACCAGGCGUCCAAAGUUGAUGCCAUGAUGAGCUUGCAGGUGGAACUCCCACCUCUUCCAGCGUCAAGUGGUUCCAGGAGCAACGAUCAGCUGAUCUCUGGCGGUGUUUUGCCGUCAGAGAAGAAGCACGUUGACAUGAGCUUCGGUUCUUUGGAGAUGGCAACGCAGCUGGUUCAUGCGAAGGGUGGUGGCAGCCAUGGUCCCAAGUUUAUUGCCCUCAACUUGAAGUUGAACCGACGAGUGGUGUGCUGGCGUUUCGUGGCUCCGAAGCAUUUGGAGCUUGCGCGGCGUGCCCUUCUCCAAGAUUCCGUGACAGAAGAGGUACAGCAUUUGCAGACCUUGCGUCAUCCUUGCAUAUGCCCUUACUAUGCUGGAGAAGUGGUGGAUGGUCAGCUCUAUGUGGUGACUGGCUAUGCUCCAGGAGGCUCGGUGGCAGACUGGUUAGCAGAUGCUGGACCUUUAGCGGAGGCUCCAACGCAGAGAGUGGUGAGGUCCGUCCUGGAAGGCUUGAGAUAUCUCCAUAGCCACGAUGUAGCGCAUGGGGCCAUCAGAGGUGGCAACGUCCUUUUGGGUCCUGGCUCUGCCAUUCGACUCUGUGACUUUGGCUUGAGUACCUUGCGCGAGGGCAGUGUUGCGGGAUCCGUUCCCAAGGGCAAAACCUCUGAAUCCAGCGCCUUGUCCCAGUCAGCUGUGCCAUGGAUGGCUCCUGAGGUGCUACAGGGAGUGAUUCCAACAGCUUCAAGCGACAUUUGGUCUUUGGCCUGCUUGGUUGCGGAACUAGCCCUGGCCCGGCCCAUUGCUUUGGGCGCCCCCUUCAGGGCGGCUCAGGGCGGCAGUGGAGCACCGCUGUUGAAAGAUGAACUUGAGGCCCUCUCCAAGUCGAGCCAGGUUUUGGCUGCAAGGUGCAUGAGGCUUGAGCCGGCUGAAAGGCCGAAAGCCAGCGAACUUUUGGAAGGUUCAUGA